CUGGAAACUGUUUCUGAUGGAGAAAAGCCGAAAAUUUUAUCUAUCUUUUUGGUAGAACCGAGAAAAUAUAUGUGAAAUUAUUAAACAUGGGGUCCAAGUUCACCAUGGAGGGGGGUGUUGUGAAGGGAAGGGUCUUGAUAGGAGGGGAGAGGGAGCACUAAUUUUAGGGAAGAAGAGAGAGAGAGAAUUUAGCUGGAGAACAACGGUCUGUCUUCUUUGCCGCCACAUUGUCUUCCUCGAGACCGUACGAUACAGAGAUGAGGUCCACAAGAAUCUUCAAAGCCAGCGAUUUCGCAUCUUCUCAAUAUUUGGAAUUCUCCUUUCCCGCACAUCAUUCUCCAGGGAAUCAAACACGCCCUCUCUGCUUUAAGGUUAUCUGUAAUUCUGGAGAAAGGAGAUGGCUUCACUGCAAGAUAUUGGUAUUUCAGCAGCUAUAAAUCUGCUUUCAGCGUGUGCAUUCCUGAUUGCAUUUGCCAUCCUGAGGCUUCAGCCGGUUAAUGAUAGAGUUUACUUCCCGAAAUGGUAUCUCAAGGGGAUUCGAGGAAGCCCAAGACGCUCCAGAGGGGUUGUUACCAGAUUCGUGAAUUUGGAUUGGAGAACUUACAUAAGGUUUCUGAACUGGAUGCCUGCUGCAUUGAAAAUGCCUGAACCUGAGCUCAUUGAACAUGCAGGGCUUGAUUCUGCUGUCUAUAUUCGCAUUUACCUUCUCGGGUUAAAGAUGUUUGUCCCGAUAUCAAUACUAGCUUUUGGUGUCCUGGUUCCGGUCAAUUGGACAGGAGGAACACUGGAAAAUAUCAAGGACUUGACUUUCAGUAAUGUAGACAAGCUGUCUAUAUCAAAUGUGCCGCCCGGAUCACCGAGGUUUUGGGCACAUUUGAUUAUGACAUAUGUGUUCUCAAUUUGGACUUGUUACACGCUAUAUAUGGAAUAUAAGACUGUUGCUACUAUGAGAUUGAGGUAUCUUGCAGCUGAAAAGCGUCGCCCUGAUCAAUUCACGGUUCUUGUGAGAAAUGUGCCUCCAGAUCCUGAUGAAUCAGUUAACGAGCAUGUUGAGCACUUUUUCUGUGUAAAUCAUCCGGACCAUUAUCUUAGUCAUCAGAUUGUGUACAACGCAAAUGAACUUGCAAAAUUAGUCUCCCAGAGAAAAACUUUGCAAAAUUGGUGGACUUACUACCAGAACAAGUACGACAGGAACCCGUCCAAGAGGCCCACAACAAAGACAGGUUAUGGAGGUUUUUGGGGGACUACGGUGGAUGCAAUCGACUACUAUGAUGCUAAGAUCCAGGAUCUGGCUGAAAAGGAGGCCGCAGAAAGGCAAAGAGUUUUGAAUGAUACAAAGGCUAUAGUUCCUGCAGCAUUUGUAUCGUUCAAAUCGAGAUGGGGAGCGGCUGUUUGUGCUCAAACUCAGCUAUGUCAUAACCCUACAAUAUGGUUGACCGAGUGGGCUCCUGAACCACGUGACAUUUUCUGGGAUAACCUCUCUAUCCCAUAUGUCGAGCUCACUAUAAGAAGACUGCUUAUGGCAAUUGCUCUUUUCCUUCUUGUUUUCUUCUUCAUGAUUCCCAUAGCAUUCGUUCAGUCUCUUGCCAACAUUGAAGGGAUCCAGAAAGUUUUCCCGUUCUUGAAACCCUUAAUAGACAUGAAGACCGUGAAGUCUGUAAUCCAAGGAUUUCUUCCAGGAAUAGCCUUGAAGAUCUUUCUUAUCUUACUUCCAACGAUUCUAAUGACAAUGUCGCAAAUUGAAGGAUAUACAUCGUUGUCCUAUUUAGAUAGAAGAUCAGCCGAGAAAUACUUCUGGUUCAUAAUUGUCAAUGUCUUUCUUGGAAGCAUUAUUACUGGAACGGCGUUUCAGCAGCUCAAGUCUUUUCUCGAGCAGCCACCUACGGAGAUCCCGAAAACAGUCGGUGUUUCAAUCCCGAUGAAAGCUACAUUCUUCAUCACGUAUGUCAUGGUUGACGGUUGGGCUGGCGUUGCGGCUGAGAUUCUCAGAUUGGUGCCAUUGAUAAUAUUCCAUCUGAAAAACACAUUUUUGGUUAAGACAGAACAAGACAGGCAACAAGCCAUGGAUCCGGGACAUCUGGACUUCUCUAUAUCUGAACCCCGGAUUCAGUUCUAUUUCUUGUUGGGGCUCGUUUACGCUGCUGUUACCCCCAUACUUCUUCCCUUCAUUAUCGUCUUCUUCACCUUCUCCUACAUUGUAUUCCGACAUCAGGUUAUAAAUGUGUAUGACCAAAAGUACGAGAGCGGGGCUAAAUACUGGCCGAGCGUACAUAGGCGUUUGAUCAUAUGUCUUCUAAUAUCUCAGCUGCUAAUGAUGGGUUUGCUUAGCACAAAGAAACUAGCAAUGGCAACAGCUAUGCUUCUCCCUCUGCCUAUCUUAACCAUCUGGUUCAACAGAUACUGUGCCGGCCGGUUUGAAUCCGCCUUCUCCAAGUUUCCAUUGCAGGAAGCGAUGGUGAAGGACACGCUGGAGAAAGCAACGGAACCGAAUCUGAAUCUGAAGGAAUAUCUGAGAGGUGCAUAUGUGCACCCGAUGUUCAAGGGUCAGGAGAUGGACCGACCACAAGUUGUGGACGAGGAGGAGAGUAACCCUCUUGUCCCGACCAAGAGGACGUCUCAAAGUACGAGUCGGUAUGCCUCGGAAGCUAACAGUGCUGCAGCUACUCCUACAGACAAACACCAUACCUCUUCUUCUGCUAUCAUAUUUCUCUCCAUCGAGGUGUCGGAAGCCCCAACAGACCAUUUCUGCUUCAAUGGCGGUGAUUCGACGGGAUAUUCAUUGCCAGGAUUUGUAACGUGCAGCGGAUAAGCUAUCUGGAUCACGGCAGAACCUUUUCUUGGACAUCUGAAAGGUUGUUU